AGAGGAGCGAGCGGCGUUGCAAGGCAGAGCUGCGAGUGGAGCGUUCCUCGUGCCGUCGCCGCGGGAGCGCACCAGCCGAGGGUGAUAGGCGCGGGCUCUUGCCUCCCCCGGCCUCGGGCUGCUGGGAUCAUCCUGAGCAUCGGUGCGAGCGACGUCGACUGCAAAGCUCCGGCGGGCUGCUGCCCUCUCCCCACCCCCCGUCGUUGCACGGCGCAAGCCCUCCUGCCCUGCCCGCCGCCGAUGCUCCGAGCAGCGGCCGGUCGAUGGCUGGUCGGGUGCUCGCCUGUCUUCCCUGAUCCGGCAAGGAGGGCGUUCAGCUCGGAGCAGCAGGCAUGCUGGAUUGUGGCAAGCGGCACUGGGCUCUUUUCGCUGCGGCGUUCAGGCUGUGGCUGCUGCUAACUUUAUGGGCACAGGUCUCCCAGUCCACGGGCUAUUUCGAGCUGCAGAUUAACUCGGUGAAGAAUGUAAACGGCGAAUUGUUGAAUGGAGAAUGUUGUGAUGGCAUGAAAACCCCCCCGAGCCUGGACUGCGCCCGGGACGAGUGCGACACUUACGUGAAAGUCUGUCUGAAGGAAUAUCAGGCCAAAAUCACGCCCACUGGAGCGUGCAACUACGGCUCCGGAUAUACUCCUGUUCUUGGUGGAAAUACUUUUUAUCUCAACAGCCGAAAUUUUCAUCAGGGCAAAAGCCACGACAUGGGCCGGAUAGUUAUACCUUUUCAGUUUGCGUGGCCGAGAUCGUUCACAUUAAUAAUAGAAGCCUGGGAUUGGGAUAAUGACACAAAAGCUGAUGAAAAUUUAUUAAUUGACAGAGUGCCAUUUGCAAGUGUGAUCAACCCAGAGGAUCGUUGGACAGCAUUACAGUUGAAUGGCCAUGUUGCUCAUUUUGAAGCACAGAUUAGGGUGAAGUGUGAUGAAAACUACUAUGGCCCACAUUGCAAUAAAUUUUGUGGCCCUCGUGAUGACUUUGUGGGCCACUACACAUGUGACCAAAAUGGAAAUAAAGCUUGCAUGGAAGGCUGGAUGGGUGAAGAAUGCAAACAAGCUGUCUGUAAACAAGGAUGUAAUUUAGUCCAUGGGGGCUGCACUGUACCCGGGGAGUGCAAGUGUAAUUAUGGUUGGCAGGGACAGUUCUGUGAUGAAUGUGUCCCCUACCCAGGCUGUGCUCAUGGGAGUUGCAACAUCCCAUGGGAGUGCAAAUGUGAAACCAACUGGGGUGGUCUGCUCUGCAACAAAGAUCUAAACUACUGUGGAAAUCAUCAUCCAUGUGUGAAUGGUGGAACCUGUAUGAAUACAGAACCAGAUGAAUACAGCUGUGCUUGCCAAGAUGGUUACUCUGGAAAGAACUGUGAAAUUGCUGAGCAUGCUUGUGUAUCAAAUCCUUGUGCUAAUGGUGGAACAUGUCAUGAAACUUCAUCAGGCUUUAAAUGCCAGUGCCCCAAAGGAUGGAAUGGACCAACAUGUGCUAAUGAUAUUGAUGAAUGUGCAUCCAACCCUUGUGCUAGAGGUGGAACUUGUGUUGAUCGUGUUGCUGGGUAUGAAUGUAUAUGCCCACAGCAGUGGAAUGGGGCAACCUGCCAGCUUGAUGCUAAUGAGUGUGAAGGGAAACGUUGUCUUAAUGCUCAUUCUUGCAAAAAUCUUAUUGGUGGAUAUUACUGUGACUGCAUUCCAGGAUGGAAAGGAGUAAAUUGUCACAUCAAUAUUAAUGAUUGUCAUGGGCAGUGUCAAAAUGGAGGCACUUGUAAGGAUGAAGUGAAUGGAUAUCAUUGCAUAUGCCCGCAUGGUUUUACAGGAAAGAACUGUGAAACAGAAAUUGAUGAAUGCAUGAGCAACCCAUGUCAAAAUGCAGGUCGCUGUGAUAACCUGGUCAAUGGAUUCCGUUGUCUAUGUCCACAAGGCUUCUCAGGAGAAUUCUGUGAGAUUAAUAUUGAUCUCUGCAAGCCUAACCCUUGCCAAAAUGGUGCUAAAUGUUAUGAUCUGAGGGAAGAUUAUUAUUGUGCUUGCUCUGAUGACUAUGAUGGAAAGAACUGCUCUCAUCUCAAGGACCACUGUAAAAAUAAUUCUUGUAAAGUAAUAGACAGCUGUACAAUAGAAGUCUUCACGAAUGCUACCCAAAAAGGCAUCCGCUUAAUCUCCUCCAGUGUGUGUGGGCCUCAUGGACAAUGUGUCAGUCAAGCAGGAGGCAAUUUCACUUGUGCCUGUGAGGAGGGCUUUACUGGAAUGUACUGCCAUGAAAAUAUCAACGACUGUCUUGGAGAUCCUUGCAAGAAUGGUGGGACUUGCAUAGAUGAGGUCAACAAUUUCAGAUGUUUCUGCCGGAGUGGCUGGGAAGGAAAACUGUGUGACAACAAUGUUAAUGACUGCUCUCCAAAUCCAUGUCACAACGGAGGCAGAUGCAUCGAUUUAGAGAAUGACUUUUACUGUGAAUGUACUGAUGGCUGGAAAGGAAAAACAUGUCAUUCAAGUGAGUACCAGUGUGAUGCAAAUACAUGUACCAAUGGAGGGACGUGCUAUGAUGAUGGUGAUACUUUUAGAUGUUCUUGUCCUCCAGAGUGGAAAGGAAGCACUUGCAACAUUGCUAAGAACAGCAGCUGUAUUCCUAGCCCUUGUUUGAAUGGUGGAACUUGCAUUGGCAGUGGAGAUUCCUUUUCUUGCAUUUGUAAAGAAGGUUGGGAAGGGCGUACUUGCACUCAGAACAUUAAUGACUGCAAUCCACAUCCAUGUUACAAUGGAGGCAUCUGUGUUGACGGUGUGAAUUGGUUUCGCUGUGAAUGUGCGCCUGGGUUUGCUGGUCCAGACUGCAGAAUUAAUAUUGAUGAAUGUCAGUCUUCACCCUGUGCCUAUGGUGCUACUUGUAUUGAUGAAAUAAAUGGGUACAGGUGCACUUGCCCUCCUGGACGAGCUGGAUCUAGAUGCCAAGAAGUUAUAGGUUUUGGAAAGUCUUGUUGGUUUAAAGGAACAUCCUUUCCCCAUGGCAGUAGAUGGCAUCAAGAAUGUAACAGCUGCCACUGUCUGAAUGGCCACAUUGACUGCACCAAGGUGUGGUGUGGGAGGAAAUCCUGUUUGUUUACCACACAUGCGGACCAGGCUAGCUACCAGUGUCCUAGAGGUCAAGAAUGCCAAGGAAAUGCUUACAUCAAAUGUUUCCAACCACCUUGUGCUGACUGGGGAGAAUGCAGUGAAUCAGAACCUCUGCCUGUUAACAUCAAGUGUCCCCCAAAUUCAGGCUACUUGGACAAUAGUUGUGCAAGAAUUACUUUGAUUUUUAACAGAGACAAAGUACCCCAGGGCACUACUGUAGAAAAUAUUUGCUCUGAAAUCAGAUAUUUACCAGCCACUAGAUCUGUUUCUGGUGAGAGAAUAUUGCUAGUGUUGUGUGAUCUAUCGUACUCCAUAGAGAAUGCAGUGGAAGUUGCUGUUUCUUUCAUCUCGCAUCAAGAUGAGUCUGAUAACAGCCUCAUUCAGAAUGCCGCUAACACUAUAGUAAAUGCCAUUACAAAGCGACAAAACAGCACAGUUAUGCUAGCUGUAACCGAAGUCAAAAUAGAGACCAUAGUAGUUGGCAAUUCUUCUUCAUCAGAUUAUCUGGUUCCGAUCCUCUGUGCAGUUUUUAGUAUUGUAUGGUUAACUUGUAUAAUAAUCUGUGUGUGGUGGACACGAAAGAGAAGAAAAGAGCGAGAGAGAAAUCGUCCAUCCAGAGAAGAGGCCACAAAUAAUCAGUGGGCACCUCUGAAUCCCAUAUGGAAUCCAAUAGACAGACCUUAUAGUCAAAAAGGCAUUCAGUAUGAACACAAAAUUUUUAUAUCUCCUCAAAAAAGAACUUACGACGGGGUAGAAGAGUACAUGGAGUAUGAGGAGGGAGAAGAGGAGGAGGAGGAAAAAGAGGUUAUGGAAAUGGACAAAUUCCUCUCUCACAAACUGUCUAAGCCCUUGUCAACAAAGGCAGUGGACUCGUUAGAGAAUAGUCCUAUUAAGAAAUCUCUUCAGACAACCAAAAUGGACAACAGAUCUAUAAAAAAUGUGAACACAACAAACCUUGAAGGUGGAAGAGACUAAACCUGGGUUUGGACCAUGGUAGCACUGUAUAUGUUGAAUGAUGAAGCUGGAAAAAUUGGCAUCUCAGCUUUGCAUCAAAGACUUAAUUAUCUGGAGUCAAAUGUUCAUAGUUACUUUAUUUUGAAUAAAAAAAUUAAAAUAAAUAAAAACUUUAUUUUGUUUCUUUUAGCCUUGUAUAAAUUAUUCAAUGACUGUCAGAUGAUCAAGUAAUCUUUGAUAGUUGCUAUUUUUGUAAAUUUUACUUAGAAUACACUUGCUGUGUAGCAGAGGAGGAAUGUUUGUAUUUUCAAUUAUUUCAUAAAGUUUAUCAUACAAGACUAUACUGUUUACAGAAUGGGUUCCUUUAACCUGUUACAACAGUGGCUUAAAAAAACCUCCUGGUUGAGGUAGUUGCUGAACCUAAAUGAAAAAUAAGGCUCACCUUACUAGAAGCUGCUCCCUGCUGUUAACUUUUGCAAGUUUCUUCCCCCAAAAAAUUUGCCUUAUUUUUUUUAAUUCUGGAACGUAAAGAAAAUCUAUAGAGAUCUUUCAUACUGUGGUUGGAAAAGUGGCCUUUUUAAUUUGAAUAUGUAAAUUUGUUUUAAUUACCUUAGAAUUGCAGUAUUGAAGCACAUGCCAAGUGCCUUGACAUUUUGGUUUUCUUUUUCUAUAGCAACUGUCAAAGACUGCCAUGCCCAUCUUGGUUUACCAUGUGAGGAUGACACAGUGCAUAGACUGACACAGUUUAUUUUCAGAUUAUGCGAGUGCAUUUUUUGUAAAUAUGUACAUAUUUAAAUGAAUCAUUUCUGUAUAUUUGAGUUAAUAACUUAAAAGUAUUUUUGGUCUUUUUAAACGUCAUUCCUUUUUAAUUUAUGUCACAGAAAGGGAAGUUUUAUGGCAGUUUCUAAAAAAAUACAAAAAUACAAAAACUUAUUUUGGUAUUAUGUCCAUAGUAGAAAAUGAUGUUAAUACAAUCAAUGUUGGGAAUCUGUUAGUAACUUUUUUGUACUUUUUCAAUGUAUUGCAACCAUUUCACAUGUAAAUAGAUCAAUUGUUUCUUCACAUCUCAAGAAUGCAGAAAGUAUACUGUACAGUAUAAAGAUGACAAGGCAAUAGUUCUCUUUUUUUCCUUUUGUGAAUGUCUCUUUACAUGUGGUAUUGCUUUUUUGCAUUUUUUUAAUACAGGCCUAAUGAAGGGAACAAUAUUUUUCUCAUUUCUUGUUUCUGUUAUGCUUAUUCACUUCUUUGGAAGAAAGGUUGACAAGAUUAAGACUGGAACUCAGUAUGACAGCAGACCCUUGACUACUGUGCAAAAUGGCAGCCUUGUGUCUCUUCCUCGCUUUCCUUUAAUGUCAGUUAUGUUGCAAUCCUAUGCAUGCUUGGGCAGAGGAAAGGCCUACAGCUUUUCCUGUCAGCCCCACCCAUGGGCCAUGCUGAGAAUUGUAGGCCUGCUGUCUGCCCAAAUGUGCAGGGGGGAAAAAUCUUCAAUGUGAUGGUGCCACCACACUGAGUUUCCCUGCCUCUGCUACAUUUCACUGGCUGCUGCUUGUGGGGGUGGAUAAACGUGUGGCACAUUGGUGUCAUGUCAUCCCAGAUGCUAGGAAGGAGAACACGAAGCAGGACCACUUCUUUCAGCCAUAGAUCUAUCACAACAUCUGGUUCCAUCAUAGAAGAUGGAACACCUCACAAAAAACUGUUACUCAUAAUGGAAGGCUUGUGCAUUAUUUGUGGAGGGCAGGGUUUAAAGGCUAUUAUUAUUAAAAAAAAAUGAGCUGUAUCUUCUAUUUUAAUUACUGGGAAAAACAAACCUUACAUAACUUAGCUGACCUAUAAUUGCAAAAGAAAAUGAGGUUUCUCAAUGUUUUGGCCACACAAAUGUAAUCCUGAAUGUUUUUGAAACCACUUUAAUUUUAUACAUGAAUGCAGGAAUUGCUUUGCAGGAACUUCUGUGCAGUACAUUUUGUUUGACAUGUUCUUCUAUAGCUUUCGGAAGAAAACUAUUUAUUAAAGCAUUUUAUAACAAUGUU